UUUAUAUUCCUCUUACCGCCGAACCAGGUCUGCACUGUGUCGCCCUCGGCAAAACUUGCCGAAGAAGCAUGGAUGACUGUCCUGUCUUCUUAAUCCACUGAAUAAGAUUGCUGGUGCCCAUCUGAAAGAAUCCCGUGAAUAUACGAUCAAGCCCCGGACGAAGCUGUCUCAUCAUCGAAUCCGUGUUUAUGAGAUCAUGUCUAUCGAUGACUACCAGGCCAGAUAUCAACUAUGCAUUGGGAGCACUGACAAGAUUCUGCUCCAAAGCCAGCCCUUCGUCACCGGCGUCUUCCGCCCGGAACUCAUCGUCAUCGACGAGGCGGCGCGCGCGUCCGAGGCGGACCUGUGGCCGGUCUUCGCCAACUAUGGUCCUCGUGGGUACCUGAUGAUCGGGGACCCGUUCCAGUUGCAUCCGGUUGUUGAGUCGACGCCCCAGAAUAGCCCACUCUACGCCGUGUCGGCCACCUCCAUCUUCCGGCGUCUGCACAUGAACGGGAUGCUGCUCUGCAUGGUGGACGUGCAGUAUCGUAUGGCCAGCAUGCUGGGUGAUCUGGUGAGCCAGCUUUUCUAUCAGGGAUGGCUGUGCUCCCUUUAUCCCCUCCCGUCCGCCCUGCAGACCAUGUCCGGACGGAUCGCGGACCUGAACCAUGCGUUGUUCGGCGCCCUUCCUCCUCGUGGAGACGACCCAUGGCAAUUGCUUCCAUUCAUGUGCUGGAAGCAAAUGUGUAUAAUUCCAACGUGAUCCGAACCGAUUGUUCGGUUCGGUCUGUUUUCAAGCACAUUAGGAUAAGAAGGUCACUGAUGGAAAUAUCAUGCGUCAAUCCUCAUUAUAUACUGAUGUCUCCUUCCAAGGAAACCUAGUGGUUGAGCUCUAACGCUCCCAUGAGAAAUAAGGCAAUCUCAUUCUUCCCCAGUGUCGGAUUUUCCAUCGACGAUAUAAACGCUGUUCAAAG